GCAGUUCUGUCUCUGGGCGGCAGGUGGCGCAGGAGUACGAGUUCGCUGCAGCCCCAGCGGUGAAAACACGGAGCAUUAGCCCAGUAGCGUAAUAAACCCGUGUGCUUUAGUCAGUAUUCAUGUAAACUUGUCUUAUGAUCGGUGUAUUUAGGUUUUCUCCGCUCUACACGGACCGGAACUGCAGCUGACGGAGCGGAUCUGCUCCACAUCUCCACUCAGUAGUUGUUCUUCAUUGGUUCUCCUGCAGUGAGGACAGGCUUCCAUUAACACCUGCAAACAGAAGAUGCUGCAGAAAUGAUAGCAGCUCACGAGUUACACACCGACUACACCUUCUCUCAUGAAACAGACACUCAGUUCUCUUCAGAUACAGAUUUGGAGGAUCCUGAGGGGCGGAGCCUUAAACCAGGAAAAGGAAAGAAGGGGAAGAAGACAGUGGUGCGUGCUCAGAGUCGAGUAAAUGGACAUCAUCAGGAGAAUGGAACAGAGAACCUUGCGCUGUUUGAGAUCAUUAAAUUGGGCAAGAGUGCAACACAGUCAGUGGUAGAUGACUGGAUUGAGGCAUAUAAGAGUGAUCGAGAUGCUGCUUUGCUGGACCUCAUUAACUUCUUCAUACACUGUUCUGGCUGUAAAGGUGCUGUGAGUUCAGAAAUGUUUCGUCACAUGCAGAACUCUGAGAUCAUCAGAAGAAUGACUGAGGAGUUUGAUGAGGACAGCGGGGACUACCCCCUGACCAUGGCAGGUCCUGUGUGGAAGAAGUUCCGUUGGGGUUUCUGUGAGUUUAUUGGUGUAUUGGUGCGUCAGUGUCAGUACAGCAUCAUCUAUGAUGAGUACAUGAUGGACACCAUCAUCUCUCUCCUCACCGGCCUGUCUGACUCUCAGGUCCGAGCUUUCAGACACACCUCUACUCUCGCAGCGAUGAAGUUGAUGACAGCGUUGGUAAACGUUGCUCUGAAUCUGAGCAUCAACAUGGACAACACACAGAGACAGUACGAUACCGAACGCAACAAGAGUCUGGGGAAGAGAGCUAACGACCGCCUGGAGCUUCUACUGCAGAAACGCAAGGAGCUCCAGGAGAAUCAGGAUGAUAUUGAAAACAUGAUGAAUGCUAUCUUUAAAGGCGUGUUUGUCCAUCGAUACAGAGAUUCGAUAGCGGAGAUCAGAGCGAUCUGUAUUGAGGAGAUUGGUGUGUGGAUGAAGAUGUACAGCGAUGCCUUUCUGAAUGACAGCUAUCUGAAAUAUGUGGGCUGGACCAUGCAUGAUAAGCAGGGAGAGGUACGGUUGAAGUGUCUCACUGCUCUGCAGGGUUUGUAUUAUAACCGAGAGCUGAACACCAGACUGGAACUCUUCACCAGCCGCUUUAAGGACCGAAUUGUGUCCAUGGCGCUGGAUAAAGAGUAUGAUGUUGCAGUUCAGGCCAUUAAACUGCUCACACUCGUCCUGCAGAGCAGUGAUGAAGUGCUGACGGCUGAGGACUGUGAGAGUGUAUAUCAUCUGGUUUACUCCGCCCACCGCCCCAUCGCCGUAGCAGCGGGGGAGUUCCUCUAUAAAAAGUUGUUCAGUCAGCGGGGUCCGGAGGAGGAGGGGCUACCGAGGAGAGGGCGACAAUGUCUGAAUGCAAACCUCAUCAAAACCACAGUCUUCUUCUUUCUGGAGAGUGAGCUACAUGAACAUGGUGCGUACCUUGUGGACAGUUUGUGGGAGUGUGGGUCAGAACUGUUAAAGGACUGGGAGAGUUUUAUCAGCCUUCUACUGGAUGAACCUUUUCCUGGAGAGGAAGCUCUAACAGACAGACAGGAGACGGCUCUGAUUGAGAUCAUGCUGUGUGCUGUCAGACAGGCAUGUGAGUGUCACCCACCCGUUGGGCGUGGCACAGGGAAGAGGGUCUUGACGGCAAAGGAAAAGAAAACACAGCUAGAUGAUCGGACCAAAAUCACAGAGAUCUUUGCUGUGGCUCUUCCGCUGCUCCUGGCUAAAUACUGCGUAGAUGCUGAGAAGGUAACAAACCUGUUGCAGUUACCACAGUAUUUUGAUCUAGAGAUCUAUACCACGGGCCGGCUGGAGAAGCACCUGGAUGCACUUCUGCGUCAGAUCCGAGAUGUGGUGGAAAAGCACACAGAUACAGGUGUUUUGGAGGCGUGUUCCAUGACGUUCCACGCUCUGUGCAAUGAGGAGUUCACCAUCUACAACCGUGUGGACAUCACACUGAGCCAGCUGAUGGACGAGCAGAUUGACAAGCUCAACCGCCUGCUCGACGACUUCCUCAACGAGGGGGAGGAGCCUGAUGAAGACGACACCUUUCAGGUUUUAUCAACGCUCAAGAGAAUUACAGCCUUUCACAAUGCCCAUGACCUGACAAAAUGGGAUCUAUUCAGCUGUAACUACAGGCUGCUGAACACAGGACUGCAGAAUGGAGACAUGCCUGAACAGAUAGUGGUGCAUGCUAUGCAGUGCACUCAUUACGUUAUCCUGUGGAACCUGGCAAAAGUCUCAGAGGGCAUCUCCUCAAAGCGUGACCUGGUGACCUUGAGGAAGCAGACGCGAGCGUUCUUCCUGAUGUGUCAGCGGUACCUCAGCAGCCUCAGCAUGGCUGUUAAAGAACAGGCCUUCACUAUCCUGUGUGAUGCGUUAAUGAUCUUCAGUCAUCAGAUCAUGGCGUCAGGUCGGGAUGCAAUGGAGCCUCUGGUCUUCAGUCCAGACUCGUCCCUGCAAAGCGACCUGCUCAACUUCGUCCUUAAUCACGUCUUCAUCGAGCAGGAUGAUGAUGGCAGCACUGAUGGACAGCAGGAUGAUGAAGCAGGAAAGAUCGAGGCACUACAUAAGCGCAGAAACCUGUUAGCAGCGUACUGUAAACUGAUCAUUUAUAAUGUAGUGGAGAUGAGCACCGGAGCAGACAUCUUCAAACAGUACAUGAGAUACUAUAAUGAUUAUGGUGACAUCAUAAAGGAGACAAUGAGUAAGACGAGACAGAUCGAUAAGAUUCAGUGUGCCAAAACCCUCAUCCUCAGCCUGCAGCAGCUGUUUAAUGAGAUGCUCAGUGAGCUUGGCUGUAACUUUGAUCGUUCUUCUGCGGUGUUCUGUGGAAUUAAAGAACUUGCCCGCCGGUUCUCCCUCACGUUUGGCUUGGACCAGCUAAAGACUCGUGAAGCCAUCGCUAUGCUGCACAAGGAUGGUAUAGAGUUUGCGUUUAAGGAGCCAAGUCCUCAGGGUGAGGGAACACCCCCUCUCAACCUUGCCUUCCUGGACAUCCUCAGUGAGUUCUCGUCCAAACUGCUGCGCCAGGACCGCAGGACUGUACACAUGUACCUGGAGCGCUUCAUGACGUUUCAGAUGUCCCUGCAGAGGGAGGAGUGUUGGUUGCCCCUCAUCUCCUACAGGAACUCCCUGCAGGCCGGGGCAGAUGAUGACACGCUGUCUGUCCUCAGCGGUGUCAGUGGCCGAGGCUCCACCCGCAGCAGGAAGCCCAGAGUAAACCCCGCCCCCUCCAAGAGGAAGCUGCCUGAGGAGGAGAGUAGCUGUAGCAGCACUGAUGCGAGUGUAUGGAUGACUCGUGAGCAGCAGCCUCAGACUCCCAUGAUGAUGUCACCACCUGCAGUGAUGUCAUCACCCCACAUGACCGCCACCGUACUGCGGGAAACUAAAAAGCCCCGCCCAGAGGAGGGAUACGUGGGCGUGUACACCAUGAGCAACCAAUCACAGCACAACACGUUACAGCAGCCACACGCACACAUGGACUACAAUACACAGGUAGCGUGGAUGUUAGCACAGCGGCAGCAGCAGGAGAGAGCGAAUAUCCAAAACGCCAAGAUGAGGAGUCACAUGCAGCACACCAUUCGGCGGAGUGCAGGUCUGAUGGAGGAUGAUGAAGAGCCGAUUGUAGAAGAUGUGAUGAUGUCCUCAGAGCAGCGACUGGAAGACCUGAAUGAGGGCAUGGACUUCGAUACCAUGGACAUCGACCUGCUGGCGUCUAAAAACCGGCGUGAGAGGACGGAGCUGAAACCCGAUUACUUUGACCCUGCCUCCAUCAUGGACGACUCUGUGCUGAACGUGUCGAUGUUCUGAUGCAGUGGUUGUGAGAUUGAGAAGCAUGGCCAAUGUUCUCCACUCACUUCCUCUUCUCCAGCCGUGUGACGAGGCUACACUUCCUAUUUCAUGCCUAUGUUGUUGUUGGCAGCGUGUGGGCGGAGCUUAUGGAGCCGGCGCCUUUCCUUUUUAGUUUUUAUAACUUGUAGAGAAACUUUUUUUGAUGUUUAGAUGAUUUUAUAAAGACAAUCAGCUGUAAAUCAGAAGUUUAUAAAGCAAAUGAAAUCACUUUCUAACUCUCACACACACAUUAUUGUCCUCUAGUCUCAGUCACCAUAGUAACAACACUCCAGAGCAGAAGUUUAUUCAUCAUCAUUAUUAUUCUUUUUAUUAAUAUCAGGAACAUUUCAGUCAGGAGCAGAUGAUGCUGCGUUUCUGAACUUGGGUCGUUCGUCAGCUGAGAGGAAACUAUUGUUCAGCGCUAAUGUAGCUAACGUAACGGAAGUGUUUAGCCAGCAGGUGCGCUAAACGUGCAUAUGGGGAAAAUAGGUGAUGUGAAAAAACGCCCUACUUGACACAACUUGGGGGUGUGGCUUACAUGUAAGGGGUGGGGCUUAAAGCUUGAGUGUAAGAAUCAAAAUGGGAAAACAGAUUUUAUAUUUAUGUUUUUAAAGGGACUGGGAAUCCGGUGUCUCCUGAAGUGACUGAUGAUUUAGCGAUCAGUGCUAAUCUGGUGCCUGUGUGUGUGUGUGUUAGCUGCGUUAGCGCUGGAGCACCUCUUACUAAUUUUUUGUGUUUUUUUCACACAUGAUCACUGCCUCUCAGAUUUAACUUUUUAUUAUUCAUGAUAAAAUGAUAAUAUAUUAUUAUAUAUCUAUUAAAUCUAUAAUUCUACCAGAUGUGUGAACAUGUGACUUGGUGCUGAUUUGUAUUUCACUUUUCUUUUUAAUGGAACAGAACACUUCAGCAGACCGAGAACAACCUGUAAUCUUACUUUAAUUUCUGCUUCGCUUCACUUCUGUUACUUUCUUUGUUUUUGGGUUAAAAUGAUGAAUCAUGAAAAUCUUAUUAAUGGCGGGUGUGCUGUUUCCAUGGUGAUGGUAACCAGGGUGAGGGGGUAGACAUGAUGAGGGUAGGCAGAGCCGGAUGGGGUGUUUAUGCAUAUUCAUUAUCCCUUUGUAGAACUGCUGAAAGAGGUGUGUGUGUGUGUGUGUGUGUGUGUGUGUGUGUGUGUGUGUAAUAUAUUGGACUGUAUAUAAGCGUUUUUUUAUUCUAUUUACAAAAGAAAAAUGUCCGCUGUUGCAUUUCCUGUUUGUAUUUAUGUCUGGAGAAAAAAAAACUUUUGGAACUAAAUAAACCCUGGGCUGUGAUUUUA